GGAAUUUGUUAUUUUGAUUUUUAUCAAGUUUGAGGUUAUGUCACUUUCAGACAGACGAUACAGGUUGGAUUUGCACUUGAGAAAUAUUUUGUACUAUUGAAUUGAUUGUGCCUGAUUGCUAAUCAUGGCUUUUGGAAUUUUGAAAUUUGGAACAAAAGUGGGAAUUUUUGGAGGAGCAAUCUAUUAUAGCAAGCAGCUUGGUGUCUGGUCCAACAGCGAGCGAACAACUCAACUGCUUCUGGAAGGCAUCAAUUAUGUGAAACCCUACAUCAAGGAUGUGCCUGUACCUGUUGAGACAACACGAGUACCGAGUAUGGCCGAACUAGUAUCUAGUUCGAAAUCUUCAUGGAACAAUGGAGUUCUGGCCACGUCAACAUUUUUGUCAAAUUUGCCCAGCAACGCUGUCGUUUGGAGUAAAUCUGCAAUGGAUUUCAUCAACCAGCAAUUACAACCACCAGCUAACACUCCAAAAAAUUGAAACAGACACUAUUAUGACUCAAAAAGUUGACUUGUUAGUGAUGUAAUGAAAAUUGGUUUGUGUAAAUAGUAAUAAAUUUGUUUCGUUUGAAAUAUAUAUAUAUA